CAUUUAAAAUUUUUACUUUUAACAGAAAUUAGCAGAGUACGGAAAGACAUGUACAAUGACACAUUAAAUGGCAGUACAGAGAAAAGGAGUGCAGAAUUGCCUGACGCUGUGGGACCUAUUGUUCAGUUACAAGAGAAACUUUAUGUGCCUGUAAAAGAAUAUCCAGAUUUUAAUUUUGUUGGAAGAAUCCUUGGACCUAGAGGACUUACUGCUAAACAACUUGAAGCAGAAACAGGAUGUAAAAUAAUGGUCCGAGGCAAAGGCUCAAUGAGGGAUAAAAAGAAGGAGGAGCAGAAUAGAGGCAAGCCUAAUUGGGAGCAUCUCAAUGAAGACUUACACGUCUUGAUCACUGUGGAAGAUGCUCAGAACAGAGCAGAGAUCAAACUGAAGAGAGCCGUUGAGGAAGUGAAGAAAUUACUGGUACCUGCAGCCGAGGGAGAAGACAGCCUGAAGAAGAUGCAACUGAUGGAGCUCGCAAUUCUGAACGGCACCUACAGGGACGCCAACGUCAAAUCACCAGCCCUUGCCUUUUCUCUUGCAGCGACAGCCCAGGCUGCUCCGAGGAUUAUCACUGGGCCUGCGCCUGUUCUCCCACCAGCUGCCCUGCGUACUCCUACGCCAGCUGGCCCUACCAUAAUGCCUUUGAUCAGACAAAUACAGACCGCUGUCAUGCCAAACGGAACUCCUCACCCAACUGCUGCAAUAGUUCCUCCGGGGCCCGAGGCUGGUUUAAUCUACACACCCUACGAGUACCCCUACACGUUGGCGCCAGCUACAUCAAUCCUUGAGUAUCCUAUUGAACCUAGUGGUGUAUUAGGUGCGGUGGCUACUAAAGUUCGAAGGCACGAUAUGCGAGUCCAUCCUUACCAAAGGAUUGUGACCGCAGACCGAGGUUAGUUUAGUUCUGCAGUUCUUGUUUAUAAGAAAUGCGCUGGGUGUCCGUAAAAUUUGCAACACCACACCUGAUGGAAAAAUAUAACUGCUUACCUGCA